GUCCAAGCGUUUGUUAGGACAGACCCGUGAGGAGUCCCCUAGUUUCGCCGGACCGCCCGACUUCUGCUUCUAAGAACUUUGGGGGAAAGCAUAUUUCUCAUCUGGGAUAUUUUUCUUUUAAAAUGCUCUUUUUCACGUCAAGAAAUUAACAUUUUCCUUUGGGUGUUUUGGCAAUGACUGUGAAUUAAAGCCGGGUUAAUUUUUUUUUUCCUUCUAAAUUGUUAGGGGCCACAGACCCGAGGAAGAUGGAGCGCUUCUCUUACAGUGUGAUUUUGAUCAUGGCCUUUUCCAGAGCACUUGAACUGGGAUUAGUCGCUGGAUUGGGUGACCUUGAACUUGCCGGUCCAUCACAGGGAGAGCUGGCCUUCAGAGAUGAUGGCCUUUGGUCCCAAGAGGAGCCUGCAAUUCGUCACCAGCCUUCCCAGUUUGUAGCAUCCAUGGGAAUCCAAAAGAGUAAGGAGCUGAACAGAACCUGCUGUUUGAAUGGGGGAACCUGCAUGCUGGGAUCCUUUUGUGCCUGCCCUCCCUCUUUCUAUGGACGCAACUGUGAGCAUGACUCUCGCAAAGAGAACUGUGGGCCUGUGCCCCAUGACACCUGGCUGCCCAGGAAGUGUUCCAUGUGUAAAUGCUGGCAUGGCCAGCUUCGCUGCUUUCCUCAGUCAUUCCUACCUGGUUGUGACGGCCAUGUGACAGAUGAGCACCUCACAGCUUCCAGGACUCCAGAAUUAACACCAUCUGCGUGUGCUCUUGUGCUACCUGGCAUCUGCCUUGCUAUACAAAGUUAUUAUUGACCCACAUUUGUUUUCAACAUUUGUCAUGCAGAUUUCAUGACCUGUAAAGGCUGUCUCUCUAAUGUCCCAACUGAGAGAUGAUAAUUUGUUAGUUGCCUUGAAAUAGUGAAUAGAUUUCCCUGUGGUCCCUAAAAAGAUGUCCUUGAAGCACCAAUUACUUUCCUCUGCCCUGCCCUCUCCAAAAACUAAUUAAAAAAAAAAAACAGAGUAAGCCAUAUCUUGUGUCCAACUCCUGUGUUUCUGAUACAGGUAAGUGCCAAGGGCUUACAAAUAAUUUCCUUUAAACAAUUGAAUUCUAUAUUUAGAUUAUUCAAGGUUACUCUCAAUGUGGAACUGAGCAUAAAGCUUUGAAUGGAGUUGAUUGACAUCAGUUAAGAUAGUAUAUUGGAAAGGAAGGACCUGUAAGAGGAGCAGAAGAGAAGG